AUGGUUGAGGAUUCUAAAACUAGAGACGCGUUAAAAAAUAGUACAGAAACUAAAGCACUACCUGCUUCACUGGUACCACAACCCCCACCAGUGCUAACUUCAAAAGACAAAACAACUCAAAGAUUGAUUGUUGUGCUAUCGCAAGCUUCUCUGGAAACACAUAAAAUAUUUUCAGGUGGUCACGGUGGUGAUAAAUACGCUUUGCUAAACUGUGAUGACCACCAAGGUCUACUCAGAAAGCUUGGCAAAGAUAUUAGUGAAGCUAGACCAGAUAUUACACAUCAAUGUUUAUUAACUUUACUUGAUUCUCCAAUUAACAAAGCAGGAAAGUUACAGGUAUACAUUCAAACUAGCAAGGGUGUGUUGAUCGAGGUGAAUCCUACCGUCCGUAUUCCAAGAACAUUUAAACGUUUUUCAGGUUUGAUGGUUCAACUUCUGCACAAAUUGUCGAUUCGUUCAGUGAACUCCGAAGAGAAGCUGCUACGAAUUAUUAAAAACCCUAUAACUGAUCAUCUUCCUACAAAGUGUCGUAAAGUAACGUUAUCCUUUGAGGCGCCAGUAGUUAGGGUCCAAGAUUAUGUCGGAAAGCUAGAUUCCGAUGAAAGUAUAUGUGUUUUUGUUGGUGCAAUGGCUAGAGGCCAGGAUGUAUUUGCAGAUGAAUAUGUGGAUGAGAAGAUUGGUUUAUCUAAUUAUCCUUUGUCAGCUUCUGUUGCAUGCUCUAAAUUUUGUCACGGUUGUGAAGAUGCAUGGCAAAUUUUGUAG